GGAGGACACGCCCGCAUGGGACAACUGGCAGUACAGGACGCAAAACGACACCGUUUUCCGAUCAUUUCCGCCCACCGUUACCCCACAUGCAGAGACCAACAAACAAAUAUCCACAUGGUACUCUACAGUCUCUGACUUUGUAAGCUUCGCGCUUCUUCUCCUUUUUCUCUCUGGGGAAAGAUUUUCCCUUUCUGUGUGUGAAGACUGAAGAUCGGAGGAGAUUGAAGAUGGGGAAAAAGGGUUACUUGGCGAUGAGGACUGACACUGAUACUACUGAUUUGAUCAGUUCUGAUCUCAGAGACCUUGGUAAUGCUGCUAAGAAGCUUGCCACUCAUGCCAUUAAGCUUGGUGGUCUGGGCUUUGGCACUACAUUUCUUGAGUGGUUGGCUUCUUUUGCUGCCAUUUAUUUAUUAAUCUUGGAUCGAACAAACUGGAAGACAAACAUCCUUACGGCACUUCUAAUCCCUUACAUUUUCUUUAGUCUUCCUUCAAUAUUAUUCAACUUUUUCAGUGGUCAGGUUGGAAAAUGGAUUGCUUUUAUUGCUGUAGUGCUGCGCCUCUUCUUCCCAAAACGUUUCCCAGAUUGGCUGGAAAUGCCUGCAGCUUUGAUUCUUGUUAUAGUGGUGGCUCCCAGCUUGUUUUCGAGCACUAUAAGGGGUGACUGGAUUGGCCUCGUAAUAUGUCUUGCAAUUGGGUGUUAUUUGCUGCAGGAACACAUCAGGGCAUCUGGUGGGUUCAGAAAUUCCUUUACACAGAGGCAUGGCAUAUCAAACUCUAUUGGAUUAAUCCUUCUGCUGGUCUAUCCUGUCUGGGCUCUGGUACUUCACUUCCUAUAGGCACACUCUGCGAUUUGUGGAUCAUUUAUCGUAUGCAAUCUCAAAUAUCUUGUACCAUUGUUCCUGUUUGUAUCAUUAUAGUUUGCUUGAUUGACACUGUCAUUUGGAGAACCCAUGUUUUAUUAAAAUUAUAUGUAUUAAGCAA